CGAUUGUUAAAAAUUUCAUGUGGAACUUUUAUGUUAGAUAUGAUUUUAUUAGGGUUUUUUUGGUGAAGUAAGUUUGUUUGGAAAUAAGUUUCUUUUAUGAAUUCUAGCAGUACCCUUUUGCUCCGAAUUCGAUUUCUUUUUAGGGAUUCAACUCGUUUUUAUUUUUGUUUUUAUUUGUUUUAAGAACAAAAAAGAAAGGCAUGUAAUGUUUUAGUGGUUUGUUUGUUUGUUUGGAAUAAGUUUCUUUUUAUGAAUUUUAGGAAUACCCUUUUGCUCCAAUUAGUAUAUUUUCUCUUUGGGGUUUCCAAAGAAUUUUUUAAAGGAAAAGAUGAGAAGAUAAACAUAGUAAUUGUUGUAAAACUUUGCUGUUGAAUGCAAAUAUAGCAUGUCCUACCUGCAAUUGGAGGAUUUCUACUACCUGGCUGAAGAUUUUGUUGAUGACAUGGAUGAAGAUAACUAUGGUAAUGCGGGUGGAGACAUGGAUGCUGAUGAAUAUGAUAUGCUGACCAAGGUGACUGAUACGUCUUCUGGGCAAGCACGGAAGGGGAAAGACAUUCAGGGGAUUCCUUGGGAAAGAUUGAACAUAACUAGGGAAAAAUAUAGAUUGACAAGGCUUGAACAGUAUAAGAAUUAUGAGAAUAUCCCUUCCUCCGGUGAAGCUGUUAACAAGGAAUGCAAACAGAUGGAAAAGGGUGGGAACUACUAUGAAUUCUUCCACAACACUAGAUUGGUUAAGCCAACAAUCCUUCAUUUUCAGCUCAGAAACUUGGUUUGGGCUACUUCAAAGCAUGACGUUUACCUUAUGUCCAAUUAUUCAGUUAUGCAUUGGUCAUCAUUAUCAUGCAAUCUGUCUGAGGUUGUUAAUUUUGCUGGGCAUGUGGCACCUAUCGAGAAACAUCCGGGAAGUUUAUUAGAAGGUUUUACACAAACUCAAAUAAGCACACUAGCAGUCAAGGACAAUUUUAUGGUUGCUGGAGGCUUCCAGGGAGAGCUUACUUUUAAGCACUUGGAUAGAAAAGGAGUAACCUUUUGUACCCGGACAACCUAUGAUGAUAAUGCAAUUACAAAUGCUAUCGAGAUAUAUGACAGCUUGAGGGGUGGAAUUAAUUUUUUGGCCUCCAAUAAUGACUGUAGCAUAAGAGAAUAUGAUACAGAGAGAUAUCAACUUUUGAAUGAUUUCCAUUUCCCUUGGCCUGUUAAUCAUACGUCUGUCAGCCCCGAUCGAAGGCUUAUCACUGUUGUUGGAGAUCACUUGGAUGGGCUGCUUGUGGAUUCGCAAAAUGGAAAGACUGUAGCCACGGUGGUAGGUCAUCUAGAUUACUCCUUUGCAUCUGCAUGGCACCCAGAUGGACGCAUAUUUGCCACAGGAAAUCAGGAUAAAACCUGCCGAGUGUGGGACAUAAGAAACCUCUCCACUCCGGUUGUGACUCUCAAAGGAAACCUGGGUGCUGUUCGAUCAAUCCGAUUUUCAUUGGACGGCCAAUUCAUGGUAGUUGCUGAACCGGCAGAUUUUGUUCAUGUGUACAGUACAAGUGCCGAUUACCAGAAAAGGCAAGAGAUAGACUUCUUUGGCGAGAUUUCAGGGGUAUCUCUGAGUCCAGAUGAUGAAUCUCUGUAUAUAGGAAUAUGGGACAGGACUUAUGCUAGUUUGCUGCAGUAUAACAAAAGACACACUUAUGGUUACUUGGAUUCUUACUUGUGAUCAUGUCCAUGAUUCCUGCUUAAACGAGAGUGUGCUGCGUGCUCCUCCAAGGAAAGGCCUGAAAUUAUUGCUAAUGCAAAGCAAACGGUUGGGCGAAAACAAAACAGGAGAGACACAAGAAGCAAAGGUGGCCGUGACCAUGGUUUGGAUGUUGUGAACACUGGUCACAUUGCUUUGGACCCCAGGAACCUUCAAAUUCUUUUUGUCUGCUUCAAAUCCGUCUAGUAGUAACAUCCAAAGAGUAAAAAUAAUUGACAAUUGAGAAAUGGAAAGCGAAGGCAUGAGGGGGAGAGGGCAUUGAAGAAGCAACAGAUUGGUCACAGCGAAGACGGAAGAGAAGGGAUUAAGCUUCCGGACAGAAGAAAAGGCUUUGAUAUGCGUUGGGAAUAUAGAAACGAGAAGAAUUGCCCGACAAUGGGAUUUUUUCAGCUGAUGAUUUGCUUGCUUCUUUCCUUGGCUGCAUUGGAAAUGAUGAUGGUUCUAUUC